AUGACUACGUACGACUUCAAAGACGUUGAAUUGUUGGCCUUAAAGGGUAAAACUAUCCUUGUUACCGGGGCGUCAACUGGCAUAGGACGUGAAACCGUCAAAGUUGCACAUAGAUAUGGAGCAAAUAUUGCAAUUGGCGAUUGGAAUGAUGGAGAGGGAAAGGCAUUGGCAGAGGAACUCGGAGAACGUGUACUUUUCCGAAAAUGUGACGUCUCAAAAUGGGACGAUGUUCUAGAGCUAUUUCAAGAAACUUGGAAGACUUUCGGCAUCAUCAAUGCUGUCCUCUCAAAUGCUGGCGUCACCAACGAGAAUUUUCUUGAGGACGAAAUUGAUCCAGAAACGGGAAAGCUCCUACCUCCCAACGUCAAAACUAUCGAUAUCAACUUAACAGCAACCAUUUACGUCGUCAAGUGUGCUGUUCAUUACUUCAAAAAAUGGCCAGAAACACGCUGCCAGAUUGUCAUGACAGGAUCAGCAGCUAGCUUCAUCGACACCCCACCGUUAUACCUAUACUGUGCUUCUAAAGCUGGUAUUCUAGGCUUUAUGCGAUCCCUUCGAACACAGCUGAUCAAGAAUAAUAAUGUGACUGUGAAUAUGGUAGCCCCAUGGAUGACAAUCACCAGCAUGCUCCCUCAAGCAGUCCGCGAUAAAUGGGGCACGCUCCCAGCAAAUGAACCCUGGGGCGUAGCAUACGCCCUUCUUCUUCCUGUGGUGCGGCCUGAUAUUAAUGGAAAAUCAUUCUUUGUGGCUGGCCAUCAAAUCGUGGACUUUGAGGACAAGCUUCAUGAGACACAACCAGUUUGGAUGGGGGAUCAGUUGAGUAAGGAUGUAGAUGAAGGGCAAAAGAUAAUGAUCCCAUAG